UCUAUUUUUGUUAUCUGAGCUGUUUAAAUAAUAUCUUUAAUAUACAACACACCAGUCACAAAGAGGCUGCUUUUAUUCUCAGUGUGAAUAUUAUCGUCUAUUAGAAGUUAAGACGAUGUCUAGUUUUAAAUAUUUAAGUGAAAUUAGUGAAAACGAAUUAAAGAAAUUGAUACAGUCGAUAGAUACAGUAUUUUUUGAUGUAGAUGGAGUUUUAACAUUGAGUACUACGCCGAUUCCAGGAGCCAAGGAGUGCGUUGCCAAAUUGAGAAAGUUAGGAAAACGUAUCGGAUUUGUCACAAAUAACACUUUUUCUUCUGUAGAGUUGUUAAUGAAAACUUUGGAUCAUUGUGAACCAAAAGAGGAUGAAAUCAAUACGCCCAAUACUGUCGUCGUUUCAUUUUUGAAGGAUAUCAAUUUCAACAAAGAUAUUUAUUUGAUUGGAAGCACUUUGUUAAGGAGUAUGCUGAUCGAAGCUGGUUUUAGCGUUGUACGAUUUGAGGACUUGAAUAAUGAGCUCAAAGGAGAAAACUAUGGCCACUUGUUGGAACUAAUAGAGGAGACGGUGGCUUCUUGCAAAAAUGUGGGAGCCAUGGUACUGUGUUUUGACUUUAAUUUCAACCAUUUGGCUUCUCAGAUUGCCACGUCUAUUUUGCAGCACUAUCCUGAUGUGCUGCUUCUGAGUGGUUUGACAGACGAUAUAGGACCCUUGACGAAAAAGUUUACAGCAGUAGGUUCAAAGUAUUAUAUAGAUGGUAUUCAGAGAUGGACAAAUAGGCAAUGUAUUCAAAUGGCAAAGCCUGGUUUAGCUUUCAAGGAUGUGUUGAUAUCGAAAUAUGGAAUUACUGAUCCCAGUCGCGUCUUAUUCAUUGGCGACAAUUUGGCUAGUGACAUUGCUUUUGCUAAAAACGGACCUUUUAAAACCAUACUGGUGUUGUCUGGCGUAACAUCAAAAAGUGAUGUGGAGAAUCCAGAAUUAUCAGAUGAUAAAAAACCUGACUAUGUAGCUGACAGUCUAGCAGAACUUUAUAAGAGAAUAGCGCAGUAUUAAUAUAUAAUUUUUUUUUGUAAAAAUAAUUUUAUGUAACACAUAUCGAAUAAAAGUCGAGUUUUAUU